AGAUUCUGCUUCCCCCCCCCCCCCCCCCGGAAAUCCAUGGCAAUGGCAUUCUCUCUCUGAGCGCACUCGCCCGAUCGGUUGGCAGGCCCACACGCGCCGCUUCGUUCGGUCGAGCGCCGGGGCAUGGCGGACGAUGAGGAAGCUCCGGAGGUGGAGCAGCUCAGCGACAAGCAGAAGAAGGAGAUCGCCAAGUGGUUCCUCCUCAAUUCCCCCCCUGGCGAAAUCCAAUACGUCGCCAAAGAUGUGCGGUCGGUUUUGGACGACGAUCGAGUGUACAAUGAGGCGGCAGCGGAGGCCUUCCCUUUCUACAACAAAUCUCACAUGAUUUGCCUCGAGAUGCCCGGGCGAACUGGAGAUGUGCUGAUUACAUCAUUUGGAGAGCUUGCGGAGAAUGAGUUUCUUGAUCCGAGAACUGCCCAAGUUGCAAUUGUUGACCAUGUCAAGCAAGUUUGUACAGACGUGAGACCUGCAACAGAUGAAGAGCUGCCAUCUCCAUAUAUUGAGGAAUUUAGGUGUGCUCUUGAUGCAGAGAUACUUAAAUAUGUUGGCGAAGCUUAUCCGAAAGGUGUCUGUUCAGUUUAUUGUAGUAAGGGAAAGGAUGUGGAAGGACCAGGAGCGGAUUUUGAGCUUGUUGUAGUGAUUUCAGCUGCUAGAAAUAGCCCACAGAAUUUCUGCAAUGGAAGUUGGCGCUCCGUGUGGAACAUUGAGUUCAGGGAUGAUAUCCAAAUUCUUGAACUACAAGGCAAAUUGCAGGUCGGUGCUCAUUAUUUUGAAGAAGGAAAUGUCCAACUAGAUGCAAAACAUGAAUGCAAGGAUUCAACAAUCUUUCAGGCUCCGGAUGAUUCUGCACUAUCAAUAGCUAACAUAAUUCGUCAUCAUGAAACAGAGUAUUUGACUUCUCUUGAGGCAUGCUAUACCAAUUUGCCCGAUACCACCUUCAAGGACCUCCGGAGAAAGCUUCCAGUGACUCGCACCCUCUUCCCCUGGCACAACACCUUGCAGUUUAGCUUGACAAGAGAUAUUACGAAGGAGCUUGGUAUCGAGAAAUGAAUUUUUCCUGGAGAGACCUCAGGACCGAAUUCACAAGUUUUUUUCUCUACGAGGAGUUUUCUGCGGUCUCAUGGUUUUCACUCAGUCAGUAGGUCAUCGUCCAUGCAGAUUGUUCUUACCUUCACGAAGAGUUGUUCAGUUUUGGCGGCUUGUACUAUUGAUCUAUCUUCGAUUCUUUUCGACAAGCGGUCUGUAUAUAGAGAUCUGCUGAUGGUUUUGCUUGGUAUCGGGUUAGUGGAAAGUAUUGAGAAGAUUGUUAGCCUUCUGCACCUAAAAGAAUUCGUUCAUGGUGUCCGGCAAUUGAGAAGUUGGUCAUGUUUGUUCUGCUGUUUCUAACUGAUUGAAAGAUCUCAUCGGGUUAGACC